AUGAGGUUCCAUCUGGCUCUAGUUGUUGUAAUAGGUAUCAUUUUUGGAAUUAAGCUUGAAGGGUGCCAUUGCAAGGUUGUGCAGUUCAUUUUUGGAGACUCCCUCUCAGAUGUUGGAAAUAACAAGUACCUUUCUAAAAGCCUUGCUCAGGCAAGUUUACCUUGGUAUGGUAUUGAUUUGGGCAAUGGACUACCUAAUGGUAGGUUCUCCAAUGGUCGCACAGUUGCAGAUAUAAUUGGUGACAACAUGGGCCUUCCUAGGCCUCCAGCAUUUCUUGAUCCAUCUUUAACUGAAGAUGUUAUAUUGGAAAAUGGGGUGAAUUAUGCUUCUGGGGGUGGCGGCAUAUUGAAUGAAACUGGCAGUUAUUUUAUUCAAAGGUUUUCUCUCUACAAACAAAUUGAGCUUUUUCAGGGGACACAAGAACUGAUCAGAAUCAGAAAUGGGAAAGAGGAGACAGAAAAGUUUUUCCAGGGAGCUCGUUAUGUUGUUGCUUUAGGCAGCAAUGACUUCAUCAACAACUACUUGAUGCCUGUUUACAGUGAUUCAUGGACAUAUAAUGAUGAAACCUUCGUGGACUACUUGAUAGGAACUCUUAAAGAACAAUUGAAGCUACUUCAUGGGCUAGGAGCAAGGCAGUUGAUGGUGUUUGGGCUGGGCCCAAUGGGCUGCAUUCCCCUUCAAAGAGUGCUUAGUACAUCUGGUGACUGUCAAGAUAGAGCAAACAAGUUGGCAAUUAGCUUUAAUAAAGCUGGAAGCAAGUUAAUAGAUGACUUGGGAAAACAACUUCCCAAUUCAAGCUACAGAUUUGGAGAUGCAUAUGAUGUUGUCAAUGAUGUCAUUAGCAACCCAAACAAAUAUGGAUUUCAAAACUCAGACUCACCCUGUUGCUCCUUCGGGAACAUUCGACCAGCACUCACAUGUCUACCUGCAUCGAAACUGUGCAAAGAUAGAAGCAAGUACGUUUUUUGGGAUGAGUAUCAUCCCUCAGACAGAGCCAAUGAACUAGUUGCCAAUGAGCUAAUCAAGAAAUUUGGGUUUAUGCGUGUUGAUCAAACAAAUCCUCCUUCCCCAUCACCUGCUAUUGCUCCAUCUUCAGACGAUUGA